CUGAAGGACGACAAGACCUAUCCGUACCUGAAGAUAGACCUGAACGAGGAAUUUCCCCGCGUCUACAUGACGCGGCGGGUCACCAAGGAUGGAGCGCGAUAUUUCGGUCCAUUUGCCACCGCCAACACGGUGCGCAAGUCCAUGGACCUGGUGAAACGGUUAUUCCCGUACCGCUCUUGCACCAAGAAAAUAACCGGUACCGAUCCCCGCCCGUGCCUGGAGUACUACAUCAACCGGUGCGUGGCCCCCUGCACCGGCGACGCCAGCCGGGAGGACUAUGCCAGAGUAAUCGACCAGGUGAUCAUGUUCAUGGAGGGCGACACGGAUGCCGUGACCCAGGACUUGGAAGAGAACAUGACCCUGGCCGCGGAGAAGCUGGAGUUUGAGCGGGCGGCGGUGCUGCGCGACCGGAUCAAGGCGGUGGAGCGCGUUGCCGAAGAGCGGCGUAUCAAGGUCGACUCCAACCCCGCAGCCGGAAGCAACCAUUCUUGGCAGGCAGGUAUGGAUGUUAUCGGACUGGCGCAGGGCUCCGCCGAGGCGUGGGUCGAGGUCUUCUUCAUCCGGAAGGGAAAGCUCAUCGGUCGGGAUCAUUUCUUCAUGGAGGGAGCGCAGGACGACACCCCCGGCCGGGGGGUGCACAGGCAACUCGUGGAAACCGUGGCGGACAACGCAAGGCAGGGACUGGCCCAGCACCGGAUAAAGUGGCUGGACAACCAGGAUGUAAUCCAGCAGGCCAUGUCGGAACUUGAAGAGGAGUUGUCCCUGCCUCUGCCUCUGCGCCGCAUGGAAUGCUACGACAUAUCGCACAUCCAAGGCAGCAACUCCGUAGGCAGCAUGGUCGUCUUCGAGGACGGUCAGCCCAAGCGCUCCCAGUACCGGCGCUUUCGCUUCAAGGUCAACAAGAACGUCGAGGGGAGUGAGACUUCCGAAGAGCACUGCGACGAGCCGAUAAUCCUGCCCCGCACCUCCCAGGCCCUCUAUCUCGUCCAGCGCAUCCGUGACGAAGCCCACCGCUUCGCCAUCACCUACCACCGCAACCUGCGCAGCAAGAGCAGCCUGGGCUCUCCGAUUGACCUCGUGAGCGGAAUCGGGCCGAAGCGCAAGCGGAUGCUAAUGAGGCGUUUCGGUUCUCUGAAGGGUAUCAAGGAAGCAGCGCUCGACGAGAUCGCCGCGGUGCCCGGGAUGACCCGUUCCCUGGCCAUACGUCUGAAGCAGACCAUCUAG